CUCCUGCUCCCGGCGCCGCCGCCACCUCGGCCCGGCGCGGAGCGGAGCGGCCAUGGAGCCGGAGCGCGAGUGCCGGGUGCUCUCCAUCCAGAGCCACGUCGUCCGCGGCUACGUGGGCAACAAGGCGGCCACCUUCCCCCUGCAGGUUUUGGGAUUUGAAGUUGAUACGGUGAACUCUGUCCAGUUUUCAAACCAUACAGGUUAUGCCCACUGGAAGGGUCAGGUUUUAAAUUCAGAUGAACUUCACGAACUGUAUGAAGGACUUAAGCUGAACAUGGUCAACCGGUAUGAUUAUGUACUCACAGGGUAUACAAGAGACACAUCGUUUCUUGCAAUGGUGGUGGAUAUUGUCCAGGAGUUGAAGCAACAGAAUUCUAACCUAGUAUAUGUAUGCGAUCCAGUGAUGGGUGACAAAUGGAAUGGAGAAGGCUCUAUGUAUGUGCCCAAGGAUCUUCUCCCAGUCUACAGGGACAAAGUUGUACCUGUUGCGGAUAUAAUUACUCCCAACCAGUUUGAAGCUGAGUUACUCACGGGCAGGAAGAUUCACACAGAAAAAGAAGCUCUAGAGGUAAUGGAUAUGCUCCAUGCCAUGGGACCAGAGACUGUGGUGAUCACAAGCUCAGAUCUACAGGCACCUCUAGGAAAUGACUACCUAAUUGCUCUGGGAAGCCACAGAAAAACUAAAGCAGAUGGUACCAAGAUGACACAAAGAAUUCGAGUGGAGUCUCCUAAAGUGGAUGCUGUCUUUGUUGGAACAGGAGACUUGUUUGCCGCUAUGCUUUUGGCAUGGACACAUAAGCAUCCAAACAAUUUGAAGGUGGCAUGUGAAAAGACUGUGUCAGCCAUGCAACAUGUUCUGCAAAGGACCAUUAAGAGUGCAAAAGCACAAGCUGGAGAAGGAAACAAACCAAACUCAGCCCAGCUGGAACUGAGAAUGGUCCAAAGCAAAAAGGACAUAGAAAACCCAGAGAUCAUAGUGAAAGCCACCGUGUUAUAAAGGCUGUACGUCUCCAAUAACGCACAAUGUAUUGAUGUCCUCAUUUCUUUCCUGUAAAUUGUAAUAUUUGCCUUAGAUCUGUGACAGAAACCUGACUUUCAUGAAAUAGUGCCCAGCAUAGGCAGAUAUCCACUCUCAAACAUAUGUGCUGGCCUUGCUCAGUUUUAAAAACGAAACGGUUAGUGUGCAUUGAAGCAUAUUACUAGGUAUCAAAAUGGCUGUCAAAUUCACUUAAUCUGUGUAAUUACCCAGGGCAAGAGAGUACAAUGUUCCUGCCUUGCCAAAGACUUUAGGUGUGAAUUUGCUUAUGGAAUGCUUGACUGACUGGAAAAAUAUAUUUCAAGAUGGCAUCUAGUGCCAAUGGAGCUGGCUCCAUGCUCCCUUUUUCUGGAGAUACCUGGUUACCUGCUCUGGUAUUCGGUAUCUCAGCUGCUAUGAAACUAAGCAGGGUUAAAACUACACACAAAGUUCUGGUUGUGUGUAGGAGUACUUUGAAGAUGUUUGGCAUUUAAGUACUCUGAAGUGACCUUGAGGUGUCCUUCAUGUUACUGAUAACUGCUCCUGUUUCUUGUCUGUGAACAGUUGCACUGUUUUGGUUUUUGCAGGUACUGGCUGCUUAUUUCUAAUGUCUGUGGGUGCCCACAUGAUUUUUUUAAUAUUUUUUUUUUCCCCAAAAGCUGCUCCAGAAACAUCUUCAUUAAUAUCUUUUUUCAGUAGCAUUGAUUAGAAGUUUGUAGUUCUACCUCUGAGGCCAGGUUUGAUUCUUUAUUUAGUUUCUAACUAAGGACAAAAGAGAAAGCAGCUCUUACUCUGAAAGCUGGCUACCCUAGUUUUGUUCUUCAUGGGUGGAUGUAUCUACAAACUACACAGGACACUUCCACUUAGCAGUAGUGAGCGCAGUCGGCAGCUUAUCAAUGAAGCAAUGUGGUAAAAGUCACAUUUUUGGUUUAGUAAGUUACAUAUGUUUACCCCAUGUAGUGAAACACACAAGAUUAAUUUGUUCAUAAUUUAAGUCUCUGCAGCCUACGCUGAUUAGAGAUGACAGGAACGCAUUAUUUUUACUGCAUCUUUAUUUCAAAAUUCUGCUUCAUAAGGCUUCAAAAUGGGAUUCUUAAUUUCAGCAUCAUAUACAUCACAGCCACAUGCUAUACCAGUAGGGCAGAUAUACAGUAGUGCAAGUUGUCAGUACCUGUCAGUAUGAUUUCUGUAUGGGACUGAGAUUCUUGCUUCUCCCAAGACGAGAUCUAGUGUCCUGUUAAAUCCAAAUUCAGUUGAUAAGCUUUAUUUGUCUGAGACUGUAUAAGGAGGUUAAAAUUGCAUUUCUGCUUGCAAAUUUGAAGCAAAGCAAAAAAAUGAAGCAAAUUCGCAUUAGAGGAAAGGGCUAAUUUUUUUCUUGAUCACCUGAGUAUGCUCACUCUUGGGUAUCUCCCAGAUACCUUUCCUGCACCUUCCUCAUCACACCUGUCUGACUGAUCAGGUCGCUUGCAUAGCUUGGGAGUCCCCACAAGAGGUGGUCUGGAGAUUGCUUUAGCCACUGAAGUCUUCACUUCACAAUCCACCAUUUUUGUGGAUUUUCUGCUAUUGUAAAAGUUAAUUGGCUUCACCUAGCAGAAGAGUAAUUUAUCCUUAAAGCGAUUUUUUAGCUGAAUAGAUUUUUUCUUAGAGUUAAGAUCUCAUUAUUAAUACAUUUUUGAAUCCUUCAUUUUCAGUGUCUCUGAAGCAAAUGUAAGAGAUGAACAGAUUUUGCAGUAAAUGUAAAAGGGAAACCUCAGGCUUUCACUCUCAACAACUAAUAAUUUAUUUCCUUUCAUGCAUUUGGCAUUAAAAAUGAAAAAAAAAAAUAAUCUAUAAAUAUAACUUGAAAACUUCAAGGGGGAACAACCCCCCAAAAACGGCCUGAAAAUGUGACUCUUCUGCCACAGUUUCUAGUAAUCACUGCCAUGAAAUAACUUGCUAGCAAUAAUAAUUUUGGUGAUGUGAACAUUUGCUAAAAUUAGCAGUCAGUAACAGAGAUGAGCUCAUUGCUGAUAUCCAACAUGUAAAAAGACAUGAACUAUCUUAACAGUGUCUAUAAAUACCUGAUGCGAAGCAGGGAAGAAGAAGAAACCAGGCUCAUCUCUGUGGUGCCCAAUGAAGGGAUGAAAGACAAGGGGUGCAAACUGAAAUACAAGAAAUUCCAUUUAAACAUUAAAAACGCAUAAUUCACUGUGAGGGUGAUUGAACACUGGCACAGGUUACCCAGAGAGGUUGUGGAGUCUCCAUCCUUGGAGAUACUCAAAACCUGACCAAAACAUGGCCCUGAGCAACCUGCUGUACGUGACCCUGCUUGCACAGUGGUGUUGGACUAGAUGAUCUCCAGAGGUCCCUUCCAACCUCAGCCAUUCUGUGAUGCUUUGAAGUACAACAAAUUGCCUUUCUUUGCAGCACUGUGUUUUUAAAUUGAUGCAAAUAUAUUUUUUUUUUUUUCUUCCUGAGACACAAACUUCUGGAUAGGCUAGGAAAUAGCUCAAUAUUAAUAAUUUGCUCCCUUUUUAGAUAAGCUGCUUUUCACUUGGGCAGUUGUGCCAGGAAUACAAUUGCCUUCUUUCAGAGAGUUGCUUUCAGCAAAGAUGUUUAAAUACUGUAGCUGGUGAUGAAUUUCAGCAGUUGAACACAAAAGGAUUUAAACUGUUUCUAGCAUUGAUUAAAGAAAUCUUGCAUGCCAUAUUCCAAACAUAACUAUAAGUUUAUUUAUCUUUUAAAAUUAGACUAUUUUACAUGGAAGUAUAUAAUCCCUACCGUCCCCUUGGGAAGAAGGGAUCAACAUACUGAACUUUCCUGCCUUUACACAUCAUGGUUGACUUUGCAGCAUUAUGCCUGACACCCUCGCCCAGCUGUAUCCAGUUUUGCAGCUUCUAUGGGUCACAUUACAAAAAGCUUCAGAUGGCGAAGGACCAUGUCCUUCAAAUUGCCAAGAAUUAGAUGAAUCCCAGGAGCAGUUCACAUGCAGUAAAUGAUAUUUGAUUUCUACUGUCCCAUGGCUCCAGCACAGAUCUCUGCUGGGUCUCCUGUAGCCAGGGCUGUGGAUUGCCCAGCACCCUGCACCAGCAGUGGCUUCACUGCCAGUCACAUAACACGGCCUUAGGGCCUGGCUGGGGAGCUGUGUGGGGCCAAAGUAAGGGUCAUACGGUGGCCGUCCCUGUACUAGUGCAGUGCAAAAUUGAGGUUCUUUUUCAGUUCUUCACACCGGGGAAUCAACAGGAAAGAAAAGGUCAGAAUUGGCCUUUUAAUUUUUUUUAAAAGCAGCAAUAAGUGUGCACCGUCAAAAUUUGCUGUUGAAGAAACCCUACCUGUUUUAAGUAUGUCCUGCAGAAAAGCCCUUUUAGUAAGUGUGACAGCACAUUUUUUUUUGCCAUUAAAAAAAAUAGACUUUCACAAGGUAAUUGAGAAAGUGGCAAGGGCUGCUUUUCUCUGAAAUAAAGAAUCUUGGCAUUUAGGAAACUUAAAGCUACCUUGCAAACAAGGUUUUAUUUGAAAACCAUAAUGAACUGUGAUCUUGCCAUAAAGGAGAAAAUGAUAUGCUUAUUGGAGCAGCUUAUACCCAUCAGGUGUGAUCUUUUCCCACUGCUUCAAAGAAUGGAUCAGUUCAGUAAUUCACACCUUUCUUAGAGUCUGUGACAUACUCACGUUAAAAAAAAACAAACAAAACUAAUGUGCUCUGUUUGCACAAGUUGAUAUUUUGCAGUAGCUGGAUUCUGUAGCAAUGGGCCACUUCUGCUUCUGUCCCUGGGAGUUGUUCAUGUAAUAUCUGUUUCAAACUCCCACUGACCUGAUGUAAAUUAGGUCAGGUUUAUGUCUUCAGUGAAGAAUUGGGCUUAAUAUCUCUUGCCAGGAACAAACAUCAGAAAUUAUCUGUAAAUAUAUUCUGUAGCUAACGUUUUGUAGUCACAACAGGCAUUUUUAAAUGUCAAGGUAUGCAUACUCAAUGCUUGGAUGCAUUUUUAUUUGUUCAGAGUGACACAGCGCUUGUUCAUCAUGUUUGCAGAACAAAAUUCAAAGACUCAGCACAGUCCUGUCCCAUCUUUUAUUCCCUCCUCUCCUCCUGCAUAUGACAUCUGUAUCUCUUUUGGAGUUCCUACUAUCUUUCUGGUGCAGCUGGGAGGUAUUUCAGUAUUAGACAGCUGCCCACUAAAUAUUUAUUUAAGGGCUUGGAGGAGACUUAUCAGGGUUAUCUGAUCCACUUGCAGAUCUUUAGGAAAAGAAAAAUGAUUAGCUUAAAUUAGUUUAGAUCCCAAUUCAUUAGAGAAGAUCAAGCACUUUAGGCCGGAGAGUGGAGUCGAUAACUAAUGGGUAAUCAUCCCUGACCGUCCUAACAGCGUGAAAAGCUGUAACCCAGUCCAGCAUCCCCCAGUUGGGACUGCUGACCUGGCUGCUGUGUGUCGGUGAAGUUUGCAGCAGAGGAUGCUUCUGACGCUGAUGUACGUGUACGUGUGGGAGUGGUGAAUGCUGUGUGGUGGUUGUGUCCAGUCGGCUCCCCCAGCCUUCUUUCCCUUUUCGCUUGGCGGAAGCAAUUUGUGUUAGAUCCCCGUUUUCUGGAACGAACUUGGCAGUGUAUGUGGUCAGCCAUUUUGAUUACUGCAGGGCGCGCUCGUUUGCGGAGCCAUCGUGCAGGAGACACCAGAAGCUGUUAACAAACCAUCUACUCUGUUCUGGGCCCAGAUUAGUCUCUACAUGCUUAAAAUUCCCAGGUACCUCUUUGGGAGACGUGCGUAAAGACAUUGUGCUAAAAUCAAUGCUGUUCACACUCAAUAUACAACAUUUAAGAAAUCUGCAGUAUUAAUUGCUAACGUUAAUGUUUGUUUUCUGAUUUUUUUAUCAUGUGGAAGAAAUCUAUAAACAAUGUGUUAUCCAAAACAAUCAGAGGACCAAGGGUUUCCAGCUCUCAUACUGCCUUUUUGAGUAUCUUAACUGUGUCUUGAUUGGAUGGUGUUAAUUUGUUGUCUGAGGCUGUUAUGGUGAUUGUAUUGAUUUAUUUUAUUUUCAAAUAUGUGGCAAGGAAGAUUGUAAUAAAAGUAUCUACAUUUAAUAUCCCGUGCACACACAGAUUGUUAGAUGUGUUUGAAUAUGUUAAUCAUUUCAGAAUUAAAGAGAACAAGAAGAGUUUGAUAGUCUUGCUGAAUAAGGUGGAUGCAAUUAAAGGUUUCCCUAGUUAUAUCCUAGUAGAGAGAAAGGGUAGUUAAUGGAAGAGCACACGUUUGUGCGGUCAUCAUCUCAGUGUAAGACAGUAGGCAAGUGGAUGUGAGUAACAUUCUUAUUGUCUUAUGUUUUUAUUUAAAAAAAAACAAGUUUCAUGGGAGGACAACUGCUGUCAUUCUGCACCAGUGUGUUUGUGUGCCUCUUACUUGUAUGUGUAGGACCUCUCCGUGUUGUGCUCUUUAUUCCUGCAUACGUGGUGAGAAGAGGAGCUUGGAAUAAGAACCGCAACUCAUUUUGAGGUCUCUUUCUUGUGCAGAGUUUAGCUGCCCUCCCCUUCACAGAACAGCUUUUAUCUUACCCCGCAGGUUAGAGCAUACAAGACUGUACAGUAGGAAACAAUUGUUCCUGCCUCUGGGAACAAGUGCUUCUGCGAGCACUCUCCAACAUCUCUGCUAUGGCGGGGUGGAAGAGGAAGAGAGCAGGUUCCAGUUUAAUGAGAGCACUGGUUAUUGGAGAAGGUGCUAUGUCAUUAUGCUCGUGCCCACCAGAGAAGUUUGGCUUUUAUCUUAUACUAAGGAAAACCACCUCUUCUGAGUAAAGGUCUUUGCCUAUUUAAAGAGUACUUUUAGAAGCUGAGACAUAAGUGUUACAAAUUUUGGCCACUCUGAAACCAAAAUACUUCCUCAUAAACGGAAACACAACCCCUUCUUUUACAUCCCAUUGCAGCCUUACUGGUUCAUGGACUAGGCAUUCAAUUCCCCUUAGAAGCACAGGAUAAGAUUAUUCAGAGAGCUCUUCUUCGUGAAAGACAUUUGCUUCUGGUGAGAGUGAACUUAUUGCUGAAGUUUUUUGUAGCUUUCUAAAACACGUCCAUUAAAGACACACAUCAGCCAUGGAAACUAAGCUUUGAGAUGCUCAAUCACAGCCCCCAAAAUAGCUCUUCUCUUUUAAAUAAACGAGUAAACCCACAAGUUUAUACGUGCAUGCAGGAGCAGAUCUGAGGUAAAUCCACAAAGUUCAAUCAGAAACUGGAGGAGUGUGCCCGAAGUGGAAUGCAAGGGAGCUGCUCUUGCCAGCACACUUUUUCAGGAAAGCCCGAACUAGUUCUCACAUUUUCCAGAAGGGAAGAACGCUGUUUUGCUUUCAACAGUCUAGGAAAACUCCCAUCUGUGUCCCCAGGAAACCAGUGCCAGGUGACAGCCCCAGCACCACCAGCCACCACUUUGGUCCUUUUACUGCUCCAGCAGCAAUGGCCCUCAAGGCAAAGGGGAUGCUCCCCGUUGUGGUCCUAAGUAAGCAUGUGUUCCUGACUUAGUGCCUCCACGGUGCAAAUACCAGUAACAAAUCCACCAUUUGCAGAGCAGUGAAUAAGGCAGCACACGAUUCAGACAGAGAAAACCAGCAAUAUGAGAAGGCUGUGCCAUAUGUUACCACUGAACUCACGUGUACUCCUUACCUAUUGCCCUUGUGGUUGCAUCGCUGUUUAGAGAAAAAAGAAAAAAAAAAAUAAUCUGUGUGUAGAAGAGUGUAAUACGUGUACUCUUGUGUGUGCGUGUAUGUAUGUUGAAGCUUUAUUUGCAAUGUGGUGGGGGUGGGAAACAGAAUUUGGGGGCUGGCUGUGUAGGCCUUCGGGAUGUGAGCGGAAGGUCUUAAAGAAUUAUAUUUUUAUAGAUUGUGCUGAAGCUUUGGGUCCCAGCCACACAUAGCCUUUUCUUCCAGAAAAGUCAAACGGUUUGGCAAGAGAGUCAGGUGGCUGUAAUAUAGUAGGGAUAGUACAACCCCACCAGCCCUGGACAAACUGAAUAACUUAAUAAAAAGAUGCCUUUUUAAGUAAUAUUUUUUUAGUGCUGAAUUGUUAAACAAAGAAAUAUUUAUGAGCAAACUUUCUAUGUACUUCAAGUUUGUGUGGUGCUUUGUACUGACUAGGUGGACCUGUUCUAUGUUUACACAUCUUAAUGAUUGUCCUCGAGGCGUAUGUAGUAAUUCAAUGACUUUUAUGCCCGAAAAACAAUGAAGUUCUGUGUAAUAGCAAAUUAUUUGAUUUCUAAUGAAAUUGUAGGCUUUUGUAGUGUUUGUGUAUUUUUCUGGUUGGCGGUUACGAGUUGUAUUCUUCCUGCAGUAAAGGCUUGUACGCUUGAUUGUAGAGAGAGGCAAUAGGAUGGUAGAUACCAUUGUUUAAAAAGAAAACCCUAAAUAUUGCUACCUUAUCCAUUAUAGAAUCAGGUGAGUCGUGGCAGAAGCCUGAAACUUAGAUUCUGCAUUAGCGUAAAAUAUCUAAUAUAUCUAGGGCAGGUUAAAACUAGGUGAGGGAUUGGUUUAUUUAAUUAAAUAAGAUGGAAGGGUCUUACAAGUGCUUAGUAGCAAUAUAUGAACAGAGAAGCCAAGACACUGGGACAAAACUGACUCAUUCACAUUUUAUGAACCUGGCCAAGCUAACUUCAUAGCUUGUGCUGAAUGGGUGCAACAGGUAGGUGAGUAGGUUAAAGGGGAGAAAGGAAAGAUUUCUUUUUUUUUUUCCCUGUAGUUUGUCAGUUGUAAUAACGUCUAGACUUUUAGGUAGGGUGAUCUGAAUUUAAAUUCAUAAAUAUAUUAACUUUUGGAAGAGUUGAGUUACAACAAAAUCCCAUUCAGUCAGAAGGCAAGCUGUUAGCACGCUUGAAAAUCAGAGCAUGAUUUUUUCAUCUUGUUACACUUACUCAAGUUUUUGUUUCUUAUGGCUCAGAGACCGGGGCUAAAGCUCAACCGUCCAUAUAUUUAGGGGCUCUCUAGAAAGUGCAAGGGUCUGCACCAUAAUUCAGUUUUUGGAGUAUGGCCCUCUGCUGAAUGUUGUGCUCCUGCCUCAACAGGUGGUGGUCUGGAAAAACUUGAGCAUCAUUUAUUAUGUCUCUUUUAAGCAGCAUGGCAGCAUCCUCACCACACACCUGCACAAAUCACUACUGCAAGAACUAGAGGAGAAUUUAUCAGGGGUUUUUCCUCUCAAGAGUUCCUGAGUUUUGGAUAUGUUAGAAGUACUUCUUUGCUGAGUGAGCAAGAAAAGUGUCACCAAGAUUAAUAAUGCAUUGUCAGGGAGAGAGGCUCCGGGAGGGACCAGCUCUGUUUUGCACGCCUGGCUGUGCCUGGCUUCUCCUCCCCUGGGACUCUGGGGGUGCAGCACAGCCGCCGUGGUGGCAGAGCCACUGCUUUGCCUGCACCCUCCCGUGGGGGAAAAGCGGAGGAGUUUCUUGGAGCCAGGGGGAGAUGAGGGCUGUGAGAAGUUGUUGGGCUCUUCGUUUUGCAGUGCUGUGCCCAAGCUCUGGUUUAGCACGACUCCGCGCUUUAAAGCGCGCGGUGAACGGCACGCUGCUGUUCUGGCUGGGGUGGAAGGCAACAGGGGAUUCAUUCCACUCCCUGUUUUAGGAACCUAAUUUAGCCAUGUAAUUUCCCUAGACUUCAUCCACAGGCCACGGAGAAUAAGAGGCUCUAAAAGUGAAUUAUUCAGAUGAUUUAGGCUAGGCUUUUGUUCUUUGGAAAAAAAAGGUAGAGAAUUUUCAGUUGCUAUAAUAGAUCCAACUUGUCCAGCUCAUAAAACUGAGCCCUAAACUUCCUCUCCCCUCACUUGUGCUGGCCCUGGUCCUUGCCUCUCCCCAUAACGAGUGAAGUGAAGGAGCUAAAACCAGCAGGGAAUUUAUCCAGCCAAAGCCCCUGAUGUUUUCAUCCCCUGUAGUUCCCUUGGCCUUCUCAUCCUGGGAACGGAUGAGCGCUGGCACCGCUGCUAGGGAGGGGUUGGGAAGAUGCAGCUGGACAAAAUGGGGGAGAAUGGGAUUGCCUCUCUUCCUGGCAGUGAGGUGCUGGGUAAGGAGAACCUCACUUUGAAAGCAGCACUGUUAGUGGUAAAGAAGUCAGCUGAGUACUUGAAGGAAGAGCAGACUCAGUCAUUCGAGUUCAGUGUUCUCAAUCUGGCCCCAUCCUCUGUAUCGCAAAAACUUUAUAGAAAGGUUUUGUGUGACUGUUCUCCAUGAUCUAUGUGAUGCUUGUGCCUGACAGAGUAGAAAAUAGCAUAGAAUAAAGCAGUUCUCUAAUGAGGGAACACAGGAGGAAGGUCCAGGUGGAGAAGGUUUCACAGCACUUGCAUGGUGUUGGAAUUGUCCAGGUCUGGCUCUAGUCCUUCCUGUCCCCUUUAAGUAAGGAAGAAAUCCCAUAAAUAAGUAAGUGAGUAAAUAAGGGAAGCUACAUGGGAAUUUGAGAGGCUUUAGUAUUUAUUUUUGCCUAUAGAUUUUUAAAUCUUACCACACCAAAGGUUCAUAAGGGAUUUUCAGAAGGUGCCUUGCUGAGCGAUGUGAUGCAGCCCAUCGUAGCUUCUUGUGACACGUUUGUCAUAACACCUAUGACAAAUGGCAUGGGGAUACCCCCGGCAGACAGGUACUCCUGUCCCAUGGCCUGCAAUUAGCACAUGUAUUCACGUGCCCAGUGCACGCUCCAUGUGAAUACGUGCCUUGUUGGGGAAGAAAACUGCAGGGCUUGUUGCUGGAGGUGUGAUGGCGGCAAGAAAUGCCAGAGAAUGUAGCACCCUCCUGGGAUCUUGUCAUUUGCUGGCAGAGAUUGUUAGUGCAACGUAUUCCCCUCAGUUUGGUUUUCUUUCUGGAGGAUGGGAGGGUGAUGGCGUAUGUGCCGUUUUGAUAUGCUUUUAGCUGGCUGAAUGGGAAAUAAAGAUCAAGAUUGUUAAAAAUGGAGGGGAGGGAUAGCUGUGAACUUGCCUAAGGUCUGAGCGAGUAGAGAAAACCUGAGAUUUGUCUCCAAUUCAGAAAUCGAUAUUGACCAAUUGAGUGCCAUAUCUUCAACGGGGAGUAGCGUCUGGAAGAGGCCAAUAUUUAGGGUUUUUGCCCAAAGCACAUUUAGUCCUGCUCUACUGUUUAGUGAAAACGCCCAGUGCAGAUGCCACCAGAGCCUCAUCUCGUGGAGUAACGCUGUAAUAAAGAAUGUGGUUUUCUUGUGAAAGUCUUAACCUCUUCUAAUGAAAAUAACACACAAGUCAGUAUUUUCAUGGUGUGUAAGUGAAAUGUAAUUUUUUUUUUCAAUAAAAUACAUUUCCUUUCCUAAA